AUGCCGUUCCCUAAAUCUCCGUGCCUCGACAUCACGAGCGAUGCAGCCUUACCCAGUGGCAGAGGAAUGAGAGAGCAACACCAUUACUCCUCUUCUUCCACAACUCCAUCUCGAUUACAGUGGACACAGUCCAUCCUUCUACUGCAUUCCAUCCAUCUACCGCACAGCCAAGCCGAUCGAGUCUUUGAAAACGCCGGGAAGCACGUUCCUGAGCCAACUGCAUCUGAAACUUUUGACUUCACGCACACUUGCGAAACUGCAGUUGCCAUCCCGCUUGCGAGGCCUGGUGACUAUGUUCUACUUAUGUCUAUUACACAAAAUUUAUAUGUAAAAUGUACUAUACCCGAUUUGAGUGUGCAGAAAUUGGACAGUAAGUUAAUACAAAGAAAACGGCAAGAUACUGUGGACAUGUGUCGAAUUUUCAACGAGGAGACCGCUCGACUAGAACAACUAAAUAACGCUAGGAAGUCUAACAGAAAUCGCAACAUUAACAAUUCGGAAGCGCCUAAUCACCGAAGGAUGAAAAGAAACGUAAACUCCCCUUACCCUGGUCUUAAAGAUGACGACAAACGGAGAAUUGAGAAUAUUGUAGACAAGCUUUACGAUGACAUGGAGGGUAACGGUCAAAAAGUCACUUACAGACAAAGACGUUUCAGCACUAUGACAACCGAAAAGGCAGUUGUAAACACUACUGCAAGACGAUUUCACUUCGCGCCGGCGGAACUAUUGGGUCCAGAGACAACAUUGACUCUUCGUCCCGAUGAACCGAUAGAGGGGAAAAUAUCUUGGCACAAACACUGGAAACACGGCAUUGUGCCUUAUUUUAUCGAUCCAAACACUUACGAUUCCUUGCUAGCAGACACGAUUAUAAAAGCCUUUGAUUAUUUUGAAAAGGCUUCUUGCAUCCGACUGCAGCGUCUGCGGGAGAGACCGACGGAUAAAAUGUCACUGCAGAAUGUCGAGUGGUUGUACAUAAGCAAUCCUUAUGGGCUAAAGCAAUGUGUGCAUAGCAAUGAACGCAAGGCCAAUAGUGGAGUACAGAUGGUAGUAUUCGGAUACGAAUGUCUAUCACUCGGAGAGAUUGUGCAUGAAGUAAUGCACAUCCUUGGUUUCUCUCAUGAACAUACAAGGCCAGACAGAGAUCAAUACGUUACGAUUAUAUGGGAUAACAUUAAGCCUGGUUACAAAAAGUACUUCGCGAUUCGACCCGACGACCCGCUGUUGAGUCUUUCUUAUGAUUAUGCAAGCGUCCUCCAUUAUCCCGCUCGGGCCUUCUCCAAGAACGGCCAAUCUACUGUACUUACCAACUCCAAUGUAAAGAUCGGACAGCGGGAAGGACUCAGCGAAACCGAUGUUCAAAAAAUAGGAAUAGUAUACGGACGAGAAUGCGUCGAACGAAAUCGCCAAUAUUUGCUCAAAACUUGUCCCAGUGUUGUGAAGAGGGACAGAGAGGAAACGAAGAAGCCAACUCAAGAUGAAAUCGAGGAAUACUUCAAAGAUCGACUCUGGCCGUAUGGAAUAGUGAAUUAUAGAAUGAGAGACCGGUUAGAAUUUUCUGCCGAAGAGAGAGAAAACCUCAAGGCGGUCAUUCGUCAUAUAGAAAAAGAGACGUGUAUACAAUUCAGAGAACUAACGUAUGACUCUGUACAAGCUGGAGAGCCAGCUUAUACCACCACGAAAAGUACUGUGUUAGAAACAACCCCAGCGAUGAGUGACAACGAGAUUAAAGAAAAUGAUUCAUCAAACGAAGAAAGCGGUGUCCAGAAAUCGUUAACACCAACAGUUUCUGAUUAUGGACAAGGUAUAAAUUCUGACGUUGUGGAACCGCCAACAGAAACAACAUCACGACGUCAUGCAGCUAACAUUAUGAUUCUCUCCCGCUCACCUAAACCGGGAUGCGUAUGUCCACCGCCAGGGAGGCCAAAUGGCAAUAAAAUAUUAGAAAUAAGCUCGGACUGUUUCAACUCUGUGAACGAGCUUUUACAUCUGUUCGUACACGUCCUCGGUCUGGAUCAUCAACAUAACAUGCAUGACCGUGACCUAUUUUUGCACAUCGUUUGGAACAAUCUGACUGCGGAAAUCGGACAAGAAAUGCAGCAAAAACUUCCACCGGCUGCUGCCGUUGGAUUUCCUUAUGAUUAUCAGAGCGUCAUGCAUUACCCGUGGCUUCAAAUAACAAACGGCGUCACCAAUAUAAUGUAUCCAAUAUGGAAUGAUGGCUGGGCAAUGGGCCACUGGCAAGGAUUAAGCGCGACGGAUGUCCAAAAAUUGAAUCUUAUAUACGCAAGACAAUGCGAUCAACGUACGGCAUUAGAGACCAUCAAUGAUGAC